ACACACAAGGGUAAAAAGAUAAUGAAGAAUCGAAGCGUUAAGUCUCGCGGCGGAAGGCGUGCCAGUACCCGCCCCCGGUGGAGGGUCGCGAGGUCGCUCCCACCAACCCCAAGACCACAGCACGCGACGGACACUUGCCAUCAACUUCGCGGCCAAGUAGGACAGUUCUACCGAGUCUGGAUGCAGAUCUGGAUCUCCCACUCCAGACCUACUACCGAACAGACACGCGAGCUUACCUGCCGGCAAUCAGCCUCGUGCUCGGACCAGCCAAUUCACUGGCAGCCUCUGCCGAACAAGGUACCCCAAGUGCCUCUCGAACAUCUCUUUUGA